CGCCCGAAGAAUCAAGGAGUGAAUGCGCGCGCGAUGCUGGGUUUAAUGGCACGUGCACGCGCCGCGUUUGUGUGCCCAUUGCGAUUGCGCUCCGGUCUUGAAUUUGUCCCGCGGAUGCAUGUGAGGGAGCUCUCCCGUUUGCAAGCGCUGCAGAAGUGCUCAGGACGUGAGGCGAUGCGCGCAUGGUAGAGUCUAGAAAAGCGGACGUGGUGAGUGAAACAGAUUUCUGAAGACGCGGAGAGACGAAAGUGCAGGCUGUUAACGGAAACGGCAGCGGCAAACACCGACUGUAAGUCUGCAUUCCCAGUGUUUCUGAGCGCACGCCUCCAGAAAGCUGAGCGGAGGAGGUCUGUCUGCUCGUUUAUUUCACCGACUCUGACUGGCCCGGCUUCCAACGGUACCGCGCGCCCCGACGAUGGACCAUCAGUGGUGAUCUGGUGGAGGAGACGAGUCGCCCCGGACGAUAGCGAGUCCACCGUGCUUCAAAAAAUGGGUUGCUUUUACGUUGUGGCAGGGAGGGCUUUGCUGUAACACCGGCGGAUCAUGGCAGGGGUACACGCGUCAGAUGCGGUGUCGGGACAUUUUUUGGAUCUUGCCAUCAGCGCCCCGCCAGCCCAAGGUGCCACCAACACAGCGGGGAUGACCGGAGAUGCGGCCGCGCUGCCUCCGACCGUCACUCGGACGUACUUGGAGGUGUCGGCCGCUGCCCAGGGCUACGGGGCCGAGGGAGUUUACACCAAUGGACGGUACAGGGAACACGGCAGCCCAAGGAUCGGGAGUGGCAGCCGAGAUAAUUCCGCCGAGAGAAUUCAGGGAGCUGGAAACACACCUUGCGGCAUCAUGAAGGAUGGUUCCAAACAGAGGCAGGUGAGAAAGAAAACAGUGUCCUUCAGCUCAAUGCCAAGUGACCGUAAGAUCAACAGCACAGCUGCUUGCAUGGCUUUCAUGAUGGAAGGUUGCGAGAUGAAGAAGGUCCGCUCCAACUCACGCAUGUACAACCGUUACUUCCUUUUGGAUCCAGACAUGCACUGGCUUCGAUGGGAGCCAUCCAAGAAGGAUUCAGAAAAGGCCAAACUGGAAAUUAAGAGCAUUAAGGAGGUCCGUUUAGGGAAGAAAACUCCUGUUCUGCGUAGUAAUGGCCUCUCUGAUCAGUUCCCUGAUGAAUGUGCUUUCUCAAUCAUCUAUGGGGAUAAUUAUGAAUCCUUAGAUUUGGUAGGUAGUUCAGCAGAUAUUGUCAGCAACUGGGUGAUGGGCCUGCGAUAUCUGGUGUCCUAUGGCCGCCACCCCGUGGACAUGGCAGAACCUAAUCAACCCAGCUUACGAACAUCUUGGAUUGGCUCAGUGUUUGAACUGGCAGAUAUGGAAAAGGAAGGACACAUAGACCUGUUCAGAGCCACCCAGAUAAUCAAGGGUCUCAACCCUGGAAUGAAAGAGUCCAGGAUAGAGCUGAAGUUUAAGGAACUGCAGAAAGCUAAAGACCAAUAUGGAGAGGCAAUUAACAUGGACACUUUUGUGGAGGCCUACUGUGAGCUCUGCACACGGCCAGAGAUUUUCUUCCUGCUGGUCCAGUUCUCCAGUAACAAGGAGUAUCUGGACAGCAAAGAUCUGAUGCUAUUCGUUGAGGUGGAGCAGGGCGUGGAAGGUGUAACAGAGGACAUGUGCAGGGACAUUGUUCAGAAAUUUGAGCCAUCUGCCGAAGGCAGGGAUAAGGGAUACCUCUCCAUUGACGGCUUUACACACUACCUCUUGUCCUCAGAAUGCCACAUUUUUGACCCACAGCACAAACGUGUCUGCCAGGAUAUGACCCAGCCUCUCUCCCACUACUAUAUAAACUCCUCACAUAAUGCCUCCCUUCUGGAGGACCAUUUCUGGGGUUCAUCAGAUAUCAGCAGCUACAUCCGGGCUCUAAGGAUGGGGUGUCGCAGCAUUGAGGUCAUUGUAUGGGAUGGCCCUGAUAAUGAACCAGUGGUGUAUGUAGGUAGUUCUGUUGCCUCGCAGCUAGUUUUCUCGAAAGUUCUGGACAUUAUAAACCAGUAUGCUUUUGAGAGCUCAGAGUAUCCCCUGAUUCUUUGCUUGGUGACCCACUGCUGCAUCCCACAGCAGAGGGUCAUGGCACAGCAUAUGAAGAAAAUUCUCGGUGACAAGCUGUAUAUUGAAGUCCCCAACAAGGAGGAGAACUACCUACCAUCUCCUGAGAAACUGAAAGGUAAAAUCCUUCUCAAGGGGAAGAAGUUGCCAUCCAAUUGUACUGAUGCUGAGGGGGACGUGACAGAUGAGGAAGAGGGGCUGGAAAUGUCUCGAAGAGUGGGAGCUGAUGAGAAGGACCAACUGAAUGGCUUGGGUUGCAAGAGACUCAGACUGUGCAAGGAGCUAUCUGAUCUUGUAUCUCUCUGCAAGUCAGUCCAGUUCAGGGACUUUGAGGUCUCUAGGAGAGAGCAGAAAUUCUGGGAGAUAUGUUCCUUCAAUGAGGUAGAUGCAAACAGGUUUGCCAAUGAAUUCCCAGAGGAAUUUGUCUGUUAUAAUAAGCGCUUCCUCUCCAGAGUAUAUCCCACACCUAUGAGGAUUGAUGCCAGCAACAUGAAUCCCCAGGAUUUCUGGAAGUGUGGUUGCCAGAUUGUUGCCAUGAACUACCAGACACCAGGACUGAUGAUGGACCUCAACCUAGGUUGGUUCAGGCAGAAUGGCAACUGUGGUUAUGUUUUGCGGCCAGCCAUCAUGAGGGAGGAGGUGUCCUACUUUAGUGCCAAUGCCCGGGACUCCCUGCCAGGAGUGUCUGCACAGCUUCUUCACAUCAAGGUCAUCAGUGGGCAGAAUCUUCCCAAGCCUCGCGGCUCUGCUGCUAAGGGUGAUGUGGUUGAGCCCUACAUAUAUGUGGAGAUCCACGGCAUACCAGCUGACUGUGCUGAGCAACGGACCAAGACUGUAUCCCAGAAUGGUGACAACCCUAUUUUUGAUGAGAGUUUUGAGUUCCAGAUUAAUUUACCGGAACUUGCAGUACUGCGCUUUGUCGUUCUGGAUGAUGAUUACAUAGGAGACGAAUUCAUUGGCCAGUACACCAUCCCAUUUGAGUGCCUACAGCCAGGCUAUAGACAUGUCCCCCUACAAUCUCUUACAGGAGAAUUUCUCCCCAACACCACUCUGUUUGUUCAUGUAGCCAUCACCAACAGGCGUGGUGGAGGAAAGGCACAUAAGAGGGGUCUGUCUGUAAGGAAGGGUAGAAAGGCCCGGGAAUAUACAACCACCAAGACCACAGGAAUCAAAGUAGUGGAUGAGCUCUUCAGAGCAUCCACCCAGCCCCUCAGGGAAGCCACGGAUCUCAGAGAAAAUGUGCAGAAUGCCAUGGUGUCCUUCAAGGAGCUCUGCGGCUUAACCCCUGCAGCCAACAUGAAGCAGUGUAUCCUGACGGUGUCUACCUGGCUGAUGAAUAGUGAGCGAUCCCUGAGGGUAACGGUGGACCUCAGCGAGACCUACCCCACCAUGGAAGCUCAGGGUCCUGUGCCUGAGCUGCUGCGCAAAGUGCUCAACGCCUACGACAUGAUGAUCCAAACCAGCAAAACCCUGAUCGAGUCAGCUGAUGUGGUCUACUCCAAGCUCACACAAGCACAGCGAGCAGGUCUGGACUUCCAUGAGGACCUUCAUCGCAUCGGAGCAAAGGAGGGUUUGAAAGGCCGCAAACUUCAGAAGGCCAUGGAGAGCUACGCCUGGAACAUUACCGUGCUAAAGGGCCAGGCAGAUCUGCUGAAGCAUGCCAAAAGCGAGGCACUGGACACUCUGCGUCAGAUCCACUGUGCAGCUCAGUCCUGUGGCCUGAGUAAAAAUGGUGCAGCUUCCCCACAGCUUCAGCACCAUCCGCACCACCAGCCACAGCAGAUACAGCAGCAGCAGCAGCCUCAGGCCAAGCCCCACCCACAGCCUCCAUUACUGUACCAGUCUCAAACCCAGCUCCAAUCCCAGACCACACCUCAGGCUUAUCUCCAUCCCCAUAUCCAGCAAUAUCCCCAACCGCCUCCCCAGCCGCCGCCUUUCAGUCUCAUCCAAACUGUUUCAAGGCCACCGGCCUAUCCUCAACCCCCGCCCCUACCCCAGCAGCUUCAGCUUCAGUUCCAGAGCCAGCAGAGGGCAGCAGGACCUCUCGACACCAUCCACGAGAAAGACAAAGAGAUGGUCAUCGACAAUCCUCCAGGAUCCUGCUGACCCGCAGCCUGUGUCCACAGAGAAUCCUACCCAAAGGGAGACAGAGAGAGCAAUGCAGAGAAGCAGAAAGGUGUAGAAGUGAAGCAAGAGGCCGAUAGGGAAAGGGACUUACAGGAAGUUGCGGAGAAAGUCAAAGAGAUGAUGAUGAUGGCGAGGAAGACUCGUCGCGUUAGAAGCGAGACACAAGUCUGACAGGAGAGCUGAAGACCUUACACUUGAGUGGCAGAUUUUUGAUCAGCAUAGAAAACUGGAAACGUGAUGUUUGGUUUUCUCUGGAUUUGGGAGGCAAUCUUCCAAGCCAGAAAAUUAACUAACAUUUCUCUGUUCUCUCUUGUGAAAGGUAAAAAGGUAACAGCUGGUAACAGAAUGAAUGCAUUCAGUAGUUGUAUCAGUCAGCUAGAUACUCCUGUCUCUCUCUGGGCAGCGCUAGAUACAUGCUGCUCCACAAUGUACUCUAGCUUUGUGGGCACAGGCUUUACCUCACGUUGGCGUUUAACGCCACAAAUUUGCCUUUUCAUUUUCAGAGACGGCACGUCUUUGAGUUUUUAUUUCUUCAUACUCACAUUCUUCCUCCUUCAUCGUAGACAAAAGGCUCGGUGCAAAACCACUCUCCUUUCAAUGACUCACAUGCCAUUUUAAUUUUAAGUGCACAAAGUAGAGUGGCUCUACUAGGCUGAGCGCUGUAGGGGUCACAAAUUACCAUUUCAGCACAAACCAGGGAGCAAUAGAGCUAAAAUAGAAAAUCAAACCGCGGCUGUUGAUGUGUUCAAUCCUACUGAUGUAUCCCCCCUGCUGAUGUCAUCCAUCCUUCCAUCCGACACCUGCAGAUACACGUGUCGUGUCAUUCUUUAGGAUUUAAGUUCCGCAUCGCUGGACACUCCUCCACAAGAUCUCCCUGUCUCCUCCCCAGGGGCUGUGUUUAUGAUGUUACGUGAGUUGGUGUUUUGGUCCCCAGGGUUGAGCAAGCCAAUCCAGCCAAUCACAACUGGAAUAUGUGACCCCCCCCUGUCUGUUAGAGGUCAGAGGUCAACAUGAACCAUGGUACUGCUGUCAGUAACAACACAAAGUCAUUAUAGAUGUAAACUAUAUGUAAAAUGUACGAAGGGAACAUAUAUUGCUAUAAUAAUUCUCAGACAUUAAUGAUUGAUAUUAUGAUAAUUGUUGUUAGUUUUAUUGAUAUUCUGAUUCUUCUUUUUUUUUUAACAUUACUUCCACAUAUACAGUGAUUUGACACCUGUUGUUCUGUGGUGCAGAUCAGGACAACCAGUGCAUGUGGGACUGGAACGAGGGAUUACGGGUUAGCGCCACAACACAAGGGUCAAACAAUAACCUGACAUGUGUUACACAUUAAAGUGAGUGUGGAUUCUGUAAGAGCUCUUUAAGUGGCCCAUUAAAACUGGCUUUAUUGUUUA